AAAGAAAAAGUUGGGAUUAUGUUUAUGAUAAACAAGAUAUAAAUAUUAAAAGAACAAAACAAACAGUGAAUUAAUUAAAUAGAAUGGAUAUUAAGGUGAAUUCAUUGUAGUGAACACCAUAUAUAUAUAUUAUAACUAUACUUAUGAUUAUUUAUUUAUAUUUAUCAUAAUCAUAAUGAAUGUUGAAUUAAACACUGAAAAACAAAAAAUAAAUAUGUUAGAAACUAUUAAUACUACUAAUGAAAAUACUACUCAUAUUACAACUACAAUUGUAGAUACUAUGACAACUAUAUCUACAAAUAUAAAUUCAAAAUCAAUUGGAAAUAGUUUAUAUGAAAGACGUAGAAAUUGGCGUGUACAUCAAAUGAAAUCAUGUAUGGAACCUCCUAUAAAUUAUUCAAUAACAUCAAUAUAUCAUAAAGAUAAUGAUGGAAUAAGAUUAAAUACUACUACAAAAAAAUCAGAUAUAUUACAUCAUAAAGAGAAUUGGUGGGGGAAAACUAUUAGUCAUGAACCCAGUGUAUUAAUAACUCCUUUUGCUCAAAUUUUAACUAUUCUAAAUCGUGCAAGAGAUUUCUUAUCUAAUUAUACUUUAAACUCUCCCUCUUAUUCUCCACAUGAUCCUAAUAUGUUUAACACGAAGUCAUUUGGUUGUGAUGAAAAAUAUGUUAAUUGUCUACAUCAAUUUGAUGUACAUUAUGUGAAUCAAUUAUUAAAUGAAUUUGAUUGGUGUUUGGAAGUAUUGGAUAGUUUACAAUGUAAACGUUCUGUAAGCAGUUUAACACGGAUGAAAUUACGUAGUCUUCUUAGUCAAGAGUUGGCCGCUUCAUUUAAUGAAUCAAAUGAUAAAACUGUUAAGAAAGAUUCAAUCAAAAAAUCAACCACAACAUCUUACAAUGUUCGUUUUGAUGAUUCAACUUUAAAAAGCUCCUCUCUACUAUUACAUGAUCAAGAUAAUAAUAAUAAGUCAAAUAUUAGUCAAAUGCAAAAGCGUAAACAACAAUUUAGAAGUUGUAGAUCACAAGUUUGUGAAUACAUUUGUAAAACAUUUCUUGAAGAAGAAGAAGAUGAUGAUGAUGAUGUUGACAAUAAUCAUGAAGAUAACGAUGAUGAUGAUAGUAAUAAUAAUGAUGAGAACAACUCCAAAAAUACAUCAUCAUAUAAUCUAUCAACAGAAAAAACUAUUCAUUUGAAUAGUCCAAAAUCAAAACUUCGAUUCAAUGAUAAAUAUGAAAAAACAAUGGAUGAAUCCAAUGAAACAAAUGAAUCUACAACUGAUCAAAUUUCUGAACUAAGAUCUAUCUCAUCUACACAAUUCAAUGAUACAGAUGUAAUAUCUACUACAUUAAAGUUAAUUACACUAAAUAUUGAAUAUUUUGAUAAUUCAAUAGUGGAAAAUUUUAUCAUAAAUAAUCAAUCAAAUUUAGCUCCAGAUCUAUUUCAAUUAGAUCAAAUUUCUAAUCAUCAUCCUUUAAGUACACUUGGCUUUUAUUUAUUUAUGAAAACUAAUAUAUUACAAAAAUUGUCUAUACCUUCGGUGACAAUGUUGAACUGUUUAAGACAAAUUGAAUCACGAUACAAUUCAACUGCACCGUUUCAUAAUUCAAUUCAUGCUUUAGAUGUAUUGCAUGCAACUUAUCAACUAUUUCAAUGUAAUAGUUUAAAAAAUAUCUUCAGUGAUCUUGAAACGUUUGCAAUUUUCUUUGCUAGUGCUAUACAUGAUAUCGACCAUCCUGGUUUAACAAAUCAAUACCUUAUAAAUACAAAUCAUGAAUUAGCUCUAUUGUACAAUGAUAUUUCAGUCUUGGAAAAUCAUCAUUUACAUGUAGCAUUUAAAUUGAUUAAUACAGAGAAAGAAUGUGAUUUUACACAAUAUUUUACUAAUCAACAAAAAUUAUUAUUUCGUAAAAUGGUAAUCGCUUUAGUAUUAUCCACUGAUAUGAGUAAGCAUAUGUCAUUAUUGGCUGAUUUAAAAACAACUGUUGAGAAACAAAAAGCAUUUCAAGGCAAUGUAAUCAAUUUGGAUAGUUAUUCAGCUCGUAUGCAGAUAUUAGAAUGUAUAAUACAUGCAGCUGAUUUAAGUAAUCCAACAAAACCAUUAAAAAUAUAUCAAGAAUGGGUUUCAAGAAUUAUGGAAGAAAUGUUUCGUCAAGGUGAUCAAGAAAAACAAUUUGGAAUUGAAAUUAGUCCAAUGUGUGAUAGAGAAACUGCAUGCAUUUACAGUACACAAAUUGGUUUCAUUGAUUACAUAGUUUAUCCAUUAUGGGAGACAAUGGCUGAACUUCUACAUCCAGGUGUACAAGUUCUAAUGGAUAAUAUAGCAAACAAUAGAAAUUGGUAUAUGAAUGCAAAAGAGAAAGAAGAAAAAGAAGUAAAUAAAAGAAACAACAGUAUUGAUCAGUAAUAAUAAUAAUAAAGUAUUACUAUUAUAUUUUGUAAAAAAGAUCUUUCAUUAAUUUUUUUUUACAAACAAACAAAAAGCAACUGAAUAACCAGUUCUUCUUAAUAUACAUAGAGACCUCUUCGAUAUACAUAUACGUAUUGAAUGUCGAACCGAAAAAAAAGGGGAGAAGCCCAUAAGUAAACUCCUAUAUAUUCAUCUAUCUUCUUUUAUAUACAAAUCUCUUUAUAAAAAGACAAUAACAUUUUGUGCCAAAUAUAAAUAAUAAAAAAUAUCUUUGUGCAAAAAAGGGAGGAUCAUUCAGAUUAUCAUUGAAUAAAGAAAAACCUUGAUUUUUC